UAGGAGAACAUAGUGGCAGAAUGACAAGUAUUGUUAUUGCAAACCUGACAGGAGAACUACCAUGUCAAUUCUCUCAACCCGGUUCUCAGACAAUAUUUGUUACAAACACAGGACAAAUAUUAACAGAUUCUGUGACUGAUGGUGAGCUGCAAGAGAGACAACAUGAAGCUUUGAAUGUGUUUCUAGAACAAUUACAGUCUAAUGAUUCGUACAGAAGCAGCAGUCAUGUACAGUUUGGUUCAGAAACGGCUGGCUGCUUUGCUGAUGGUGCCCUUGAGGCCACAGAUAAUUGCAAAUUGUUGCAGAAAAACAAUAGAAAUAACAUUCGUAAAGCUGAAACACAGGAAAUUGUUUUCUCGGAAGAUGGCUUGCCAGGAAAGGAUACUGAUCUUGUGCUUUCAGGCUCUAAUAUGACAACUCAGUUUGAAUCAAUGGAGGAAGCAGAAGAAGAAACACGAUCAGACGGUGUUGUUGCUCUUAAUCCGCAGAAAAAUAAUAGAGAAAAUAUUAUAAAUAUUAUAAACACACAUGUGACAAUCAUUCACAACAGAAACAUGAUGAACAAUGAAGACCAGUCAAAAUCUGCUGAUAUUGAUGAAGCAAUAAAUACAUUAACAACUGAAUCCACGAUGGAUAAACCUGAGAUUCAUAACACUAUCUUUGAAGAAUUUCAGACAAGUGAUGUAUCAGAAGAAAUGAUUUCUAAGAGCUGCACAGAAAACAUGCAUAAUUCCUUAGAAGAAGGAUAUCAGGUUGAGGAUGGUGCACCUAUAAACACACAAGCAGGAAACACUGAUGUGAUUAACAGUAAUAAUGAAGACUGUAUAAUUAACACUGGAGACAUAGAAACAGUUGCUGCAGCAAAUGAAUUGCGAUUGUCAGUAGAACAGGGAGACGUUUCUUCUGCAUUCCUAGAUUUAGUUUCAGAACCAAGUUUUGAUACAACAAAUGGCCAGAAUUUAGAUAAAUGUGUACAAAAUGCUGAAGGACAGGAUGCAAUUUCAUUACCAGCCAAUUUUGAUUUGGAUGCUGUUGCAGAUGGGCCAGUUUUAUUACCUGCAGACAGUACUAAAACAGUGGAUCUAGGACCUCCAUAUAACUGUGAUAUUUGUAAUAAGGAGUUUCACAAGGCCGAUUACUUGUAUCGCCACUUGCGUAAACACACUGGUGAAUUUACAUGUGUCUCAUGUUUGGCUGUAUUUGCUCGUAAGGAGAGUCUUAUGAACCACUCGUGUUUUGCUGAUACUUCAAGAGUAAAUGAAGACACCUCUUCUCUUAAUUGCCCUUAUUGCCAGAAGAAAUUUCUUAUUAAAAAGCUUUUUAAGCGGCAUAUGGCGAAACAUACAGGUGAAUGGAAAUGCAACAGCUGCCAGAGAUUAUAUUCAUCAAGAACUACUUUGACUUCCCAUCGGUGUUCAACAAAGCCAAGUCCCAUAUAUCAGUGUCAUGUAUGUAAGAGAGAAUUUCUUCGACGUAGCUACUUGAAUAAACACAUGCUUCUUCACUUAGAGAAUCAUCCAUGUACUACCUGUGGCAAGAAGCUGCAGUCUGGUGAAGCUCUUCAAAAUCAUCAACUCUACUGUAUGAGGGGAAAACAGCUGGAGACCAUUGGUGAGACAAUGUGUCCUCACUGCAAUGUUGCAUUCUCACAGCUUGUUGUGUACAGAGAACAUGUGUAUCAGCACGCAUAUCCCCAUGCCUGCCAGCAGUGUAGUGAACGAUUCAAAACAGAUUCAAUGAGGAUUUUGCACACUUGUUCGGAAAGCGUGUUGAAGUGUGAGAUGUGCAUGAAGCUGUUCUCCUCACUGCAUACUCUGUCAAGGCAUCAAGUAAUCCAUGGUGUGCCACAAUACCAUUGCUAUGAAUGUGGUAGGAGCUUCCACCACUGUGAAAAUUAUUCUUCUCAUAAUUGUAGUGCAAGGGAAGAAAAUAGAGAUUUGCAAAGACAGAGGAAGAAAGCUGCUGGCAACAGGGAUGAAGAAAAAAAUAUUUCAACAUACGAGAAUGGGGGAGAUGAAAAUGGUAUUAGAGAGGUGUCACAGGAGAAGAAAAGUGCUGAUACCACCAGUAAGUCAGGAGGCUUGGUGUGUGAUGUCUGUGGAGAAGUGUACAAGACAAUUCAUAUUCUGAAAGCCCAUAUGCAGUUACAUGGAGAGCGCAAGUUUGCCUGUGAAAUUUGCAAUAAGAGAUUUCAUCGUAAAGAUGUACUACAGGAGCACCAUGCAGUGCAUCAGGAAGCACAGAUACCUUGCCCUGUGUGCAACAAGAAGUUGAAGACAAAGAAAUCUUUAGACGUCCACAUGCAUCGUCACACAGGCUUCAGGCGUUAUUCAUGUACGGACUGUGGCAAGAAAUUUUUUCAGAAAGGCAACUUGUUAAAGCAUGCUGUUGUGCAUAAUCCAAAUGCCAAAAUGAUUCUGACAUGUGAUCAUUGUAGCAAGAAUUUCACGUCAAGGGACUAUCUGUCUCAGCACAUGUUAGAACACACUCAAGGGCGUAUUUACCUGUGCCACCUCUGUGACAAGGGAUUUGUUAAGGAGCAUAUGUUGAAAAGUCACAUCAGAAAAUUUCAUGGUGGACAUAUAUUUGUAUGUCCAUAUUGUAACAUGUCUGUUCGCCAUCGCAAUUCAAUUCGACGUCAUCUUGAAAAUCGCCAUAGUGAACUCCAUCAAGAAUGGUCAACCCCAGGUUUCCUGGAUAAACUAGAAGCAGGUGGCAAUGACUCUCCAGCCAACACGUUGGUGAAUGCCAGUUUAACAGGCCCUCUUUCUCAGUCAUCAAGUAAUGGCAGUGCUGCACAGACUUCACAGCAGAUAAAUCCCAGUUCCAGUGUCAACCUGGUUCAGACAGACAACCAAGUUGAAGGAGCAGAAAUACUACUGACAGUAUCAGGUGUACCUGUUAGUAGUACAGAUACUGAAGUGGGGACACCAGUAGAUCAGAGUGCAGUUGGUGACCAAAUGGAACUUCAGGUAGAAACUGAGAUCCAGGGUGAUGAAGUAACAGCAGGUAAUACGUUCAUUUUCUCAGAUGGAACAAUUGUUCAGCAAGAAGAUGGGACGAGUGGAGGAGAUAUUCUUCUAUAUGUCCUUGACCCUGGAGAUGUCACCAUUGAUCCUGGAUACUAAACUUUAUUUAAUAUAGCUUGGCAGUUGACCAAAGACAUGGUAAUUGGAAGAGCCUUAAGAGUAAAGAAUUAAAAUUAUAACAUUUCUGUACUUAAUAGUUGUCAUUUUCAGUGAUGUGCUGUACAUGUACAAUAAAAAUAUUGACCAAAAGUGGCCCUUAUUAUAAUGCAACCUUGUACAUUCUUGUAUUUGGUGGAAUAUUAUGAUUUCUGUGAGAAUAAACUUUUUAUUACUGUA